CUCCUGCCCAGUUUCACUGCAGAGAUGCUCACUAAUGCAACAUUAGGCAUCAGCUGCACCAACUACCAUGUAAUAGUUGAGGCAUUAAGCAAUGUUUCUGUGAACAUGCCAGAUAAUAGAAAACAGGAAUUUGCAGCUGUUCUGGUGGCACAUCUACAGAAAUCCAUACAACAAAUUACCCAACCAGCUUGCAGAGUGAGCAACCAGACGGACGCAGACUGGCUCUCCGCUAACCUCGGCCACUUCUCCAGCUAUGUGUCCUUAUCUCAGCUAACACAAUUCAACUUUUCUGGGGUGAAUGCAGCAGAGGUUCUAACUCUGUCACAGCUAGCAGAACUUUGCUCUAUUCCUUCUAGUCUCCAUGGCCCUCAGGAUGUAAACAGAGUGAUGUCGGCUGUUAAGCCGGACCAGUUUGCCGCCUUCUUUGACAUCCUCACUCCCAACAUCCAGCGGAAUGCGUCACUGUACUCCAGUGAGGUGAAGGAAGCUUUCCUUCAGGCCGUUCUUGUGAGAGGUGGUCUGUCCUCUGCAGCAGUGCCUGAUUCAGAAGUGUUGCAGUGGGUGAAUGUUCGGCUCAGGCCCCUCCUCUCCAGCCUCUCCUCUGUAGAUGUAACACCAUACUUCAACAUCAUCAGAGGCAGAAGCUGCAACAUCAGCCAGGCAGCAGUGAGCAAUUUGGACUCCCUGAGAUCAUCUUUCAACAACGACACACAGACCCAAAUCUUCAGCAACAUCCUGCAACUCCUCACUGGACCGAAUGGUUUGGGUUGCUAUGGUGGAGGAAGCUUCUAUGUCUUCCUCAAGAACUCGUUCUUCAGUUUUGGAUUGCCUGACCUGAGUGCCUUUUUGUCCCUCAUCCCAGUCAGCCGACAGCAAGAGCUGUUGGGCUCCAUCUCUCCAGCAGAACUGAGUGAGUUUCUGAAUGGGUCAAACACAGUCAGGAACGGGUCAGAUCUCUGCACACUCCUCAACAAAUACAACAGCACCAACCAGUACCUGGAGAAGGAGCCGGUUGUCUCUGCAGCUGUGGGCAGACAGACGUUGGGGUGCGUUUGGUCUCGUGCUCUCAGCGCCUCGUCUCAGGAUGAGGUGGAUCAGUGGUUUAAUGUCAGACUGGCUCAGUACCUGCCCCUCCUCAGCUCUCAGCUCAUCAGCCCCACCCAGCUCAGUGGCGCCUCCUGCCUGCCGUACAGAAAACUGGUUUCAAUCCUGGGGAACAACUAUAAUUACUCAGCCACUGAUUUCAGUCCAGCUGAUGUGUACAGCUCUAUAAAGGCUUACCUGAACAGCAGCGAUGGGACUCCUCGCUGCUAUAACCCCUCCAAUCCUCUUCUGAACUCCACUGCCUGGUUUUCCAACAACAUUGGAUUCUUCAUUACCUUCAUCACCCUCACUGACCUCCAGUCAUUUGUGUCAGACAGCCAGAUCGGUGUGUUCCUGGAAAACACAGAGAAUAUGCAGCUGUUUAACAACUCACAAAUUGCAGCCAAUGUCAUUACAUACUACAGCACGCAGAUAUACAUCCAAAAUCCAAACUACAACCCUCUCAGACUGCCAACGGUGCUCUUGUGUGGAGCUCCUGCCUCUGCAUUUGGGUCUGUUGGGGUUAAUGACAGCAAGGCCAUCCUGGAGCGCAUCAACAAAUUCUGCAGCAGAAUUGAUCCACAGGUUGCAGCAGUGCUAGCCACAAAAUUUCCCACUAUAUCCACAACUACAAUCCAGACGCUUGGCAACCAGAGCAUUGGUCUGACUGAGGGCCAGUUAAGCUCCGCUUCUCCUGAUGUUAUUAACAGUACCCUGCCCACUCUCAGCGUCAUCACAGGGUGGAACCAGGGUCAGGUCAACAAUAUCGUCCAGAACCUCAUUAGUGGGGGCUUUAACAUCAAUAGUGGUUCUUCCCUGGUGACCCUGGGUACACUUAUCGGAGGUGUUCCCUCAGCAACCAUCUCCAACAUCUCUUCCUCUGAGCUUCUGUCUGUGUCCAAGAAUCCAACAUUUAUCAACAACAUAAAGUCAGCACCAGAGGUUGUGCAAGAGACAUACGUCCAGAAGAUUGUUUCUGCAGACAAAACUAAAGUGGUGGAGAAUGUUCCGGAUGCGUUGGCGGUGUACAUACCACCUGUGCUACUGACGUCGUCAGCCACCGUUGAUGUGUCAAUCAUCAACAAGAAGAGCUGGAGACAAGAACAGGCUGCAGUGUUAUUUGAAACAGUGGCCAGUAAUAGUGACAAUACAGAAGAGCUGUCAGAGUCGAUACUGCAGGGAUUCACCUGCACUUCUGUUCGGACUCUGUCACAGCUGAAGGUCAAACAGCUGGUGAAAGCCUGUAGACCACGUGCUGGCAGGAACAAGGUCAUCCUGAAAGAGUCUCAGCUAACCUGCAUGUACAACUACGUGAAGGAUGAUUCAUCCCUGGGCUUUAGUGAUUUCCCUGGUGACAUGCUUCUCUACUACAGCUAUGAGAAGGUGCAGAGGGUGAACUGCAGGUCGUAUUUCAGCGCUUUGGGUGGAGCAGAUUUCUCGGUUCUUUCCAGUGUCCUCAACAGACAGUCCGUCUUGUUCAGGAAUGCACGGGACUGCCUGGGUGUAUCUGCUGUAGGUCUGACCAGGGAUCAAGUGGAGGUUCUGGGUAAUAUGGCCUGCACACUGGACUCCUCCUACAUCAAGAACUCUGACCCAUUCAUCCUUGAGAAACUGAAGAACUGUGGAGAUCUUUCUGACUCUCAGGCCGCUGCCGUACAGGAUCUUCUCCUCACCGGCAGCACUCCUUACGGUAAUCCCUCAACAUGGAAUCAGGAGACUCUGGAAAAGUUGGGCAUCCUGCCCCUUUACUUCAACCGAAAUUUCUGGGGAAAAAUUUAUUCUACUGUUAAAAAGGCAUUUCAAAAGACGUUCAAUCCAUUCAUUAGAGGGCAGAGGAUCCCGAUGUGGAAGCAAAAGAGAUUCUUUACAGAGUGCAACUUCAUCUCCAGAAUCAAACGUGGAGCAGAACUGUGCACUGUUCGCAACAUCACGGGAGCAGAAAUUGCAGAUCCUUCAUUUCCUGCUGACUACGAUGCCACUCAGUUGGAUAUGUGCAUGGACAUCACUGUCCUGAAGGACAACCUGGCAGCUGUCACUGAGAAAGUUGUGGCCAACGACAUGCAGAUGGUCAUUCUGAGCAAAUUAAACCAGCUCUACCCAUCAGGCAUUCCAGAAAGUGUAGUGAAGCUACUGGGCCCUACAUCUCGUGUGGCCACUGUUAGUGACAUCAGCAAGUGGAACAUCACCACAAUCGACACACUGUCCUUACUGAUGAACUCAACUAAUGGAGACUGGAACACAAACCAGAGUGCUGCAGUGAUUAUGAGGUAUCUGAGUGUGGCUGGUAACACCCUGGGAACUGCUGAACUAAACGCAAUCGGCUCCAACCUCUGUUCCUUGGAUGUCAGUGUCCUUAAAACCAUCACUGCUGACAGCCUGAAGAAUGCGAAUGCUUUCAACAUAUCCUCGUGCUCUUUUGAUCAGAAAUCAGCUCUGUACUUCAUUGCCAACAUCUCAUUCAGCACCCAGCGCAGCAAUCCUGCAACAUACUACCAGUUCAUCAGCCCUUACCUGGGUGGAGCUCCUCUUCAAGAUAUACAAGCUCUUUCUACUCAGAACAUCAGCAUGGACAUCCUCACCUUCAUUAGUCUGAACCUUGCUGUUGUUAAGGCCCUGAAUGUGACUACAGUGCAUGAUCUACUGGGGGUAAACAUUGUCUAUCUGAAGCAGUUUGAGAACUCCUCUGUGAUUCAGGCCUGGGUGGCUAACCAGAAACAAUCUGAUUUAAAUACCCUGAACAUUGACCUGCAGGGGGGUAUUCCUGACCCCACAACGAUACCUACCACCACUGCAAUCCUCAGCACCACUGUCACUCCCACUGCUAGUGCCAACACCACCAUGACCAUGGCUAAUGUUAUCACUACGACAUCCAACAGCACAACUGGCCAUGUCGACAACACCACCAUCAGUGCCAACACUGCAAUCCUUAACACCACUGUCACUCCCACUGCUAGUGCCAACACCACCAUGACCAUAGCUAGUGUUAUCACUACGACAUUCAACAGCACAACUGGCAAUGUUGACAACACCACCAUCAGUGCUACCCCUGCAAUCCUCAACACCACUUUCACUCCCACUGCUAGUGUCAACACUACCAUGACCAUGGCUGGUGUUAUCACUACGACAUUCAACAGCACAACUGGCCAUGUCGACAACACCACCAUCAGUGCCAACACUGCAAUCCUCAACACCACUGUCACUCCCACUGUUAGUGCAAACACCACCAUGACCAUAGCUAGUGUUGGCACUACCACAUUCAACAGCACAACUGGCCAUGUCGACAACACCACCAUCAGUGCCACCACUGCAAUCCUCAACACCACUGUCACUCCCACUGCUGGUGCCAACACCACCAUGACCAUAGCUAGUGUUAUCACUACGACAUUCAACAGCACAACUGGCCAUGUCGACAACACCACCAUCAGUGCCAACACUGCAAUCCUCAACACCACUGUCACUCCCACUGUUAGUGCAAACACCACCAUGACCAUAGCUAGUGUUGGCACUACCACAUUCAACAGCACAACUGACCAUGUCGACAACACCACCAUCAGUGCCACCACUGCAAUCCUUAACACCACUGUCACUCCCACUGCUAGUGCCAACACCACCAUGACCAUAGCUAGUGUUAUCACUACGACAUUCAACAGCACAACUGGCCAUGUCGACAACACCACCAUCAGUGCCACCACUGGAAUCCUCAACACCACUGUCACUCCCACUGUUAGUGCAAACACCACCAUGACCAUAGCUAGUGUUAUCACUACGACAUUCAACAGCACAACUGGCAAUGUUGACAACACCACCAUCAGUGCUACCCCUGCAAUCCUCAACACCACUUUCACUCCCACUGCUAGUGUCAACACUACCAUGACCAUGGCUGGUGUUAUCACUACGACAUUCAACAGCACAACUGGCCAUGUCGACAACACCACCAUCAGUGCCAACACUGCAAUCCUCAACGCCACUGUCACUCCCACUGUUAGUGCAAACACCACCAUGACCAUAGCUAGUGUUGGCACUACCACAUUCAACAGCACAACUGACCAUGUCGACAACACCACCAUCAGUGCCACCACUGCAAUCCUUAACACCACUGUCACUCCCACUGCUAGUGCCAACACCACCAUGACCAUAGCUAGUGUUAUCACUACGACAUUCAACAGCACAACUGGCCAUGUCGACAACACCACCAUCAGUGCCAACACUGCAAUCCUCAACACCACUGUCACUCCCACUGUUAGUGCAAACACCACCAUGACCAUAGCUAGUGUUAUCACUACCACAUUCAACAGCACAACUGGCAAUGUUGACAACACCACCAUCAGUGCUACCCCUGCAAUCCUCAACACCACUUUCACUCCCACUGCUAGUGUCAACACUACCAUGACCAUGGCUGGUGUUAUCACUACGACAUUCAACAGCACAACUGGCCAUGUCGACAACACCACAAUCAGUGCCACCACUGCAAUCCUCAACACCACUGUCACUCCCACUGUUAGUGCCAACACCACCAUGACCAUAGCUAGUGUUGGCACUACCACAUUUAACAGCACAACUGGCAUUGUCGACAACACCACCAUCAGUGCCUCCACUGGAAUCCUCAACACCACUGUCACUCCCACUGUUAGUGCAAACACCACCAUGACCAUAGCUAGUGUUAUCACUACGACAUUCAACAGCACAACUGGCAAUGUUGACAACACCACCAUCAGUGCUACCCCUGCAAUCCUCAACACCACUUUCACUCCCACUGCUAGUGCCAACACUACCAUGACCAUGGCUGGUGUUAUCACUACGACAUUCAACAGCACAACUGGCCAUGUCGAAAACACCACAAUCAGUGCCACAACUGCAAUCCUCAACACGACUGUCACUCCCACUGUUAGUGCCAACACCACCAUGACCAUAGCUAGUGUUGGCACUACCACAUUCAACAGCACAACUGGCCAUGUCGACAACACCACCAUCAGUGCCACCACUGCAAUCCUUAACACCACUGUCACUCCCACUGCUAGUGUCAACACUACCAUGACCAUAGCUAGUGUUAUCACUACGACAUUCAACAGCACAACUGGCCAUGUCGACAACACCACCAUCAGUGCCACCACUGCAAUCCUCAACACCACUGUCACUCCCACUGCUGGUGCCAACACCACCAUGACCAUAGCUAGUGUUAUCAAUACAACAUUGAACAGCACAACUGGCAAUGUUGACAACACCACCAUCAGUGCCAACACUGCAAUCCUCAACACCACUAACACACCCAGUGCUAGUGCCAACACCACCAUGACCAUGACUAGUUGCCACCACUGCAAUCCUUAA